AUGAACUUCCACUCCAUGUUGACGGAUCUUUUCGGGGCAUCCCUCAUGAGUGCCAACCCCCACGAAGAGGUGGUUGAUGACUACGACGCGAGGCGGCAUGGUGGUGGCAUGGGCGUUUGGCUAGGUAUAUGGACGUGGUGCUGGAUUGGCUCCCUGGGCGUUGGGUUCCUGGUCGGCGCCUGCAUCAUUGACCGGUACCCCCCAGCAUGGGGAUUCUACGUCAGUAUCAUGAUCUUGGCCGUUGUGCUAUUCCUCAACGUCGUCUGCCCGGAGGUCCGUCGGUCCACCUUUCGACGUUCAGUCGCCGAAGUCAGGACUGGAUCGGACAUUUCACGGCGAGUGGCACGGGGCGAGAUCAUGAUGCACCGCGUGAAGACAGGUCCACGAUGGUGGGGGCAGGAGGUAUACCACGGUGUUGCUCUGUCACUUGAAAUGCUUCGCCAGCCUGGAUUCGCGAUCAUGGCCCUCUAUUCAUCCUGGAUCUACGCGCAGGUGGUUCUCAUCAUUGUGCUUUUGGGAUCGCUCACGUCGAGAUAUUACACCUUUCGCUCACCGGAAGUCGGACUGAUUGUCGGGGCCGUGGCCUUGGGAGCACUCCUCGCGAUCCCGUUCGAGAAAGCGGGUCUAUUCUCAAGGUCUCGCCAGGCCCAAAUGAACAGCAACCUGGCAACGCUGAACCGGAAGGUUGCGUGGUCCUCUCACCUAGUUCGACGGUCGAUCUUCACUCUACUUUUGCCACUGGCGGGAAUAUGCUACGCGGCUGUCUCGUCGGGCCCCCCGAUGCAUGUGAGCGUUCCUACCAUAUUCGCGACAUUUGUUGGCUUCUUUUCAUGCCUUGCCAUCGCGGAAUGCAACGGAAUUUUGAUGGAGACAUUCGACUGCUCCGACUUGUCCCCGGGAAUGACAGGCCGACAAAAAGGCGGCCCUGGAAAGAAUCAGAAACGGACCAACUACUCAUCCUUCCCGCGAGUCACUGCGGGUUUUGCUGUUAUCCAUGGGCUUGCAUUUGUGCUCUCUGCCGGUGCAACGGCUUUGGGUGGAGUCGUCACGAGAAGUCUUGGGCAGCAAGUAUCCACGGGCGUUGUGGCCGGAAUACUGUUGGUACUCACAGUCCUGCUGCUCUUGACACUGAUUCGCUUUGCCAGUGUUCAAAUUGUGCCGAAAUGCAAGUCAAAGGAGAUGGACACACUCGUAGAGGCCCGGCGACGAUCUACAAUCCGUCGAGCAUCAAUGCCCGAUGACCCGCAGGCCGUACUGGAGGAGGAGAGAGCUUGGCGGCCUGUCAUGAUUGGCAAUCCUACAAGCAAAAAGCGACGGAUGAAUCUACUGGAGCUCGGCAGUCUUUCUCGUUGGCAAGAGAUCCGAAAGAAAAACCGACUGAUCGACGAAGGAGCCCACCUAAACCGGGCAGCCCUGGACCAGGGCUUCGAGGCGCUUGAUGACCAGGUGAGCGACUUGCAGCGAGAUGCCCGGGACUUUUUUCAUGUGGGCAGCGUUCGAAAGAAGGGAUCAAGGCGGCUGCACUACACGGACGAGGGGAGCGAAACUGCAGAGGACUCGAUCGAAAUGGACACAUUUGACAUGCGCGGUGCCGGAGCUAUGCCGUCGAGGCAGGGUCGCAUUGUGGAUAGGGAGUGCGUGAUGAGCCAGGCUGUCGAGGAAGAGGGGCAGCACAACACUCAGCGAGGGCAUUGA